AUGACACUGGAAACGAGCCUCUUAGGAGCAGCCUAUCCGACCAACCUGUCCUCGUCCUUGUCUCCUUUUUCGCCUACUUCCUCAUCGACCUCCGCAUCUCUAAUAGCUAUAACUGGAACUUCAAGUUCGACUCCACCUCAAAACGCCACCGCUUCUGCUAGCACAGCAGCUCACGCGCGACCUACGAAUACACGACCAUGCAAUGGUUACGCGGAAUUCUGCAAUCGGAAAUUCAGCAAUGUCUCAAUGGUCGUUGCGCACAAUAGCCCAUUCGUCGUUCCAAACAACGCUGCCAGCAACCAGGAUCUGAAAGUCCUCACGCAGCUCGAGGACGGAGUGCGUGGCUUGCAAUUCGAGACACAUUAUCCUAACGCCACUGUAGGGCUACGCCUCUGCCAUACGUCGUGCGAUCUCCUUGAUGCCGGCUCCCUUGAAUCGUACCUUACGAUCGUCCAAGGAUGGCUUGCUGCGCAUCCCUACGAAGUCAUUGCGAUCAUGAUGGGCAACGAUGCUCGCGUACAAGCGACUACGUACGUUGAGCCAUUCCAGAACGCGGGCCUGAUACCCUACCUAUACAUUCCACCCAGCGGCACUAUGACGCUGGAUCAGUGGCCCACUUUGUCUGAGAUGAUUUUGCAUAAUACGCGAGUCGUCGUUAUGCUGGACUACCUAGCAAACCAGGCCGAAGUGCCCUGGCUACUCGACGAAUUCAGCUACCAAUGGCAAACACCCUUUUCGCCAACAGAUCCCGCUUUCCCCUGCACGCAGCAACGCCCACCCAACCAGGCAGACACCGUGUCUAGAGAUAAGGUAUACAUGCUCAACCAUAACCUGAACAUCCAAAUCCCGCUCUUCGGGCAGGAGGUCCUCAUCCCUGCAUACACUCUGCUCGACGAAGUCAACGCGGUGUCGGGAAAUGGCAGUCUUGGUUUGAACGUCAACAACUGCGCAGCUAUGUGGGGCCGGCCACCAAACUGGUUGCUCGUAGAUUACUACAAUUUUGGAAGCUUCAACGGAUCGGUGUUCCAAGUCGCUGCGACUGCGAACAACGUAUCUUACAACCGGGGCUCCUGCUGCGGCACGGAAGUCACGAAUGCCGCCAGACGAGAUUCUGGGAACGGCAUGGGGUCCGUUUACGCUGUUAUAGGAGCCUUUUGUUUCCUCAUCCUGCUGUAA